AUGAAGCCCACUUCAUUACCUAAGAGAUCAAGAGAUCAAGUUUCCUCAAAUGUUAGAAAACCUCUACAUAUAGGACUAAAGGACAGGGGUUGCCCGGUUGGAACAGUUCCAAUUAGAAGAACUACUAAAGAAGAUCUCAUUACAGAGAAACUUGCUUCAAAAAUAAUGACUCCUGCAGAUGACACCAGUGGUGCUGAUUAUGCCAUAGUUGAGACAAUAGAUGGUCCAAACAAAUACAGUGGAGCGUCAACGGUGCUUAGUGUACACCAACCAGAUGUCGUGGGUAAACAAUAUAGUGCAGGGCGAAUGAUGAUUCAAAAUGGGCCUGAUAGCUUACAAGUCGGGUGGAGGGUGGAUCCAUCUCUAUUUGGUGAUGCACGUCCUCGACUAUUCAUUAAUACGAAUGAAAAAAUACCUCUUGGUGAAGUAAUUGGAAAGGUCUCUAUACGUGGAGGGACAUCGAUUGCGAUGGAAAUCUACAUCUUGCAGAGUCCAAGUGGAGGGGAUAUAAAUCCUCAAACAUACGAGUUUACAAACAGUAGAAAACUAUAUGAAGUGAAAGAUGAAGGAUACCAGGGGGCUCACUUUGGGCAUUUGGUACUAUAUGGGGGCCCUGGAGGUUCCUAG